AUUGAUAUUUUUUUUGAAACUAAAGAAGCAUUUCCUCUCUCUCUCUCGCUCUCUCUCUCUCGCGUCUGUUGUUCGAAACAAACCGAAAAAUUGAGAGGCCCCAAUUCGCAUACUGAGCCAGAGACGCUGUGAAUGCGUGUGCAAGGGCCUCACCAUUCGUGCGCUUGAAGGAAUCCUCUGUAUUGCUGCUGUCCAUGGCGCAGAAGUUGCAGCAGCAGCUGAAAGAGUUGGGAUCGAAGUUGGAGAACCCCCCUGCUUCCAAGGAUGCUCUCAUGAAGCUUGUGAAGCAAGGUGCAGCAUGUCUCUCGGAAAUAGACCAAACACCUCCAAAACCACUUUUGGACUCUAUGCAGCCUCUCUUAAAUGCCAUUGCCAAGCCAGAACUAUUGAAACAUCAAGACCGGGAGGUCAAACUCUUUGUAGCGUCCUGCGUCUGCGAAAUAACUCGAAUAACUGCACCUGAUGCCCCUUAUGAUGAUGAUGUGUUGAAGGAUAUUUUCCAGUUGAUCGUGAGCACUCUCAGUGGCUUAACUGAUAUAAAUAGCCCAACAUUUCCAAGGAGGGUUGUUAUUCUCGAAACCCUUGCAAAAUAUAGACUAUGUGUUGUAAUGCUGGAUCUUGAAUGUGAUGAUCUCAUAAAAGAAAUGUUUGAAACUUUCUUUACUGUUGCCAGUGAUCAGCAUCCUGAGAAUGUCUUGGCUUCAAUGCAAACAAUUGUGGAGGUUGUCUUAGAAGAGAGCGAGGAUGUACCAGAAAACCUUUUACAUAUUAUAUUAUCCAUCUUAGGUCGUGAUAAGGAGGAUAUAACUUUGGCUGCUAGGAGGCUUGCUAUGAAUGUCAUAGAGAAUUGUGCUGCAAAACUGGAACCUGACAUAAAGCAGUUUCUUGUAUCAUCAAUGUCGGGGGAUGACCGACCUGGGCAAUCUCAGAUUAAUUACCAUGGCGUGCUGUAUAAUAUUUAUCGCUGUGCUCCCCAAAUUCUAUCAGGAGUAGUUCCUUAUCUUACAGGAGAGCUACUGAGUGAUCAAUUGGAGAUUCGCUUGAAGGCGGUGAGAUUAGUAGGUGACCUUUUUGCGCUGCCAGAAUCUACUAUUUCUGAAGCAUUCAAGCCUGUAUUCCUGGAGUUUCUGAAAAGGCUGACAGAUAGAGUGGUUGAGGUCAGAAUGUCUGUCCUUGAAUAUGUAAAGAUCUGCCUCUUGGAGAAUCCCGUCAGGACAGAAGCUCCUGAAAUAAUAUCUGCUCUCUGUGACCGUUUGAUGGACUAUGAUGAAAAUGUUCGCAAACAAGUUGUUUCCGUGGUUUGUGAUGUUGCCUGUCAUGCCCUCACAUCCAUACCGGUUGAAACUGUCAAGCUGGUCUCAGAACGACUUCGAGACAAAUCUCUUCUAGUUAAAAGGUAUACAAUGGAGAGAUUAGCAGACAUAUAUAGAGUAUCUUGCAUGAAGCAGUCUAGUGGUUCAACAAAGGAUGGGGAUUACGAUUGGAUUGUUGGAAAGAUUUUGAGAUGCUUUUAUGAUAAAGAUUUCAGAUCAGAUGCAAUAGAACCUAUCCUAUCCCUCUCCCUGUUUCCUGCUGAUUUUUCUGUAAAAGAUAAGGUGAAAGUUUGGCUUAGGGUCUUCUCUGGGUUUGACAAAGUUGAGGUAAAGGCGCUUGAGAAGAUUCUAGAACAGAAACAAAGGUUGCAACAAGAGAUGCAGAGAUAUCUUUCCCUCAGGGAGUCCUCUCAGGAAAGUGAUGGCACCGAGAACCAAAACAAAAUAGCGUAUUGCUUCCGUGUUAUGUCUCACUGUUUCACUGACCUUGCAAAGGCACAAGAGAAUUUUCAGCUUCUUGACCAGUUAAAAGAUUCCAACAUUUGGAAAAUUUUAAAGCAACUUAUUGAUCCUAACACUACUUCCCUCGAAGCUGUUGGUUUACGGGAUGAAUUGCUAAAAAUCCUUGGUCAGAAGCAUCAACUCUAUGAAUUUUUGAGAACCCUUUCGUUGAAAUGCUCUCAUCUACUUUUUGAUAAGGAUCAUGUAAAAGAAAUCCUUCUGGAGGUCGGCGUACAAAGAUCUUCCGGAAGUACAGAGCCAAUUUUGUCCUGCAUGACUAUUCUUGUGAUUCUUGCACGGUUUUGCCCUUUGCUUCUUGGUGGAAUUGAAGAAGAUUUGGUACAUCUACUUGAGGAUGAUAAUGAAAUUAUAAAGGAAGGUACUUUGCAUGUUCUUGCGAAGGCAGGGGGCACUAUCCGGGAACAGCUGGGUGUUUCAACAAGAUCCUUAGACCUUAUACUUGAGCGCAUAUGUAUUGAGGGUAGCCGAAGGCAGGCUAAAUAUGCUGUUCAUGCCCUGGCGUCCAUCACGAAAGAUGACGGUCUCAUGUCUCUUUCGGUUCUUUACAAGAGGCUUGUCGAUAUGCUUGAAGAGAAGUCCAAUUUGCCCGCUGUACUUCAGUCGCUUGGAUGCAUAGCGCAGGCUGCUAUGCCAGUCUUUGAGACAAGAGAAAGUGAGGUUCAGAAGUUCAUUAAAGAAAACAUAUUGAACCAGGGGCAUGUGGCUGGCGAACAAGCUGGCUGGGACGAUAGAAGUGAACUUUGUUCUUUGAAGAUAUUUGGGAUUAAGGCUUUGGUCAAGAGUUAUUUACCCGUGAAAGAUGCUCUACUUCGUGGUGGAAUUGAUGACAUUGUUGGACUUCUCAAGAAUAUUCUCUUAUUUGGUGAUAUGUCGAGUGAUAUCGAAUCAAGUGUAGUUGAUAGGGCCCAUUUGAAACUUGCCGCAGCAAAAGCAGUUCUUCGCUUGUCAAAGCACUGGGAGCACAAGAUUCCUGUUGAUGUUCUUUAUCUCACAUUGAGAACUGCAGCUGAUGACUUUCCUGAAGUGAAGAGACUAUUACUCAGCAAGGUUCAUCAGUAUGUGCGGGACCGAAUUCUAGAUGCAAAAUAUGCAUGUGCUUUUCUGCUUGAUAUUUCAUCUUCACAGUCAGAUUUAGAGGAGAACAAACGCCAUUUGAGUGACAUUAUCCAGAUGUGUCGGCAAGGGAGAGGUCGUCAAGUUUCCUUGCAGACUGAAGCGUCUACACCUGUCUACCCAGAAUACAUCCUCCCAUAUGUUGUUCAUUCACUUGCACACCAUCCAACGUUUCCUAAUAUUGAUGAAUGCAAAGAUGUCAAAACAUAUGAACCUUUUUACAGACAGUUGUACAUUUUCCUAUCUAUGCUACUUAAUGGAGAGGCAGACGGAAAAUCCGAUACCAACACUAGCAAGGUCAAGGAGGGCAUUUCACUAUUAAAUUCAAUGUUUCGACGUAUCAGGCAGUCUGAAGAUGCUCAUGACGCAACUAACUCAAAGAACUUGUAUGCUUUGUGCGACCUUGGUAUGCCAAUCAUUAAACGUUUUGCUCCAAAUCAAGACGAACUUCAGGACUUGACAUCAUCUGUGGUCCUACCCAUUGUUCUUUACAAGCCACUGGAGAAGAAAGAAGAAGAUGACUCUAUGAUUGGGGAAGAGAAGACAUGGCUUGCAGAUGAUGGGAUCUUGGCCCAAUUUGAAUCACUUGAACUCGAAGAGAAUGGAAUUAUUCAACCAGUUAUGUCAGAGGAUGAUGCAAUGAAGGAUAGUGAGACAGAGGGCAGUGAGCUGCCAUUGGGGAAGCUGAUGAAACAUCUAAAAGCAAAGGCGUCUAAGGCUAAAAAAGAGGCGAAUAAUGUGCCUACACAAGCUGGUGUGACUGAUGAAAAUGAUUUUGAUAUUUUGAAAAUGGUAAAGGAAAUCAAUUCUGAAGAUCCCGGUCGAGCUGGCAAGUAUAGCAAUGGUCAUGGUCAUACUCGCAAAAAGAGGCGAAGUGACCAUGAUCUCCAAAAGAGUAAAAUUCUGUUUAAUGAACCCUCUGAUGCACCUCCACCAAAACAUAGGAAAACAUCAUCUUCUCGAGCUCACAAGAUCCCCUCAGCAGCUAGUCCAAAGGGGGGUUCUAAGAAGGAGUCUGUUAGUUUAAAAUUUGAAAAUAGUGAUGAGAAGGCUCAAUCUAGUUCAGAAAGUCAAAGUGUGCAAGAAAAGACCAGUGAACCUGCAGAAUUUGAAAUUCAGACUUCACGUCUGAGGAAGAAGUCCAGCACAUCUAAGAAGAAAGGCAAACGUACUGAGAGAGAUUAUGAUGAGACACCAAAUAAAUCUGUGGAAGCUAAGAAGCCUAAGAAAGUUUCCGGCACCGGUUUGGGAUCUGGGAAGAAGCAAAGCCCUAAAAAUCUUUCUGGAUUAGCAAAGUGCUCAACCGAAGACAAUGGAAGUUCUGCGGGAGAGUUGGUUGGUUGCAGAAUUAAAGUUUGGUGGCCAAUGGACAAGAAGUAUUAUGAAGGCUCGGUGAAGUCAUAUGACAGUGAGAAACAUAAGCACGUGGUUCUCUAUGAUGAUGGAGAUGUGGAAGUUCUUCGAUUAGAAAAGGAGCGCUGGGAGAUUGUUGACAGUGCACAAAAAACAAAGAAGUCUGGGUCGUCGAAGGUUGCUCAACGUAAAGGAGGAUCAUCUGGGCAGAAAAAGAAACCGAGUGGGGGUCCAAAACAAGAAGCACUGGAAGAGAAAUCUCCUCCUCAAAUUAAAAAGAAAAGAACUCCUCGGAAAAAUCUGAAGCAAAAGCUGAAAACCGUGUUGAAGGGUGAAUCCUCGAAGAAAAGUGGUGAAAGCCCGGAUGUCAUGCAAACUGAUGAUUCAGAAUCAGAGAAGGAGGAACAAAAGGAGAACCAAAAAGCGAAGAGAAAGAAGCCAUCCAGCAAUAAGCAAGAAGAGGAUAAUGCCGACAAGGACCUAAGCGAUGCUGACAAGCCCGAAGGGGACGGUGAAAAAGACCCUGUAGACACCCAAAGUGAUAACAAGGCCGACUCUCCCCAUCAUGGAUCAGACAAUGAAGCUGUUUCAUCUUCAGAUAAGAAGCCGAGCAAGACCAAGGAAGAAUCCGCGGCCGAGGAGCUAUCUGAUGAUGAGCCUCUGAGUGUGUGGAAGAAGCGAUCGGUAAAGAAAUAAGUCCCCUGGCGUAUAGACUGUAGUUAUCCGGCAGCUGAUGAAAUCAUUGCGACAACUCGCCCGACUUAGGUUCCCUUUAAGACAGGAAAUACACCACCCCCUCCCCCCAUCCCCACCCUACUACCUCACCUCACCUCUACUUACUACUACCAUUUAAGUGCUGACUGAAAUAAGAAGAAAACUGUGUAGAUUGAUGAGACCAUAGAUGAUGUUGUUCACCCAUGGAUGAUUGAUCGAUCCAUUAGCAUCGAUGGAUUAUUUAGUAUGUUUGUUUGUUUGUUUGUUUGUCUGUCUGUCUGUUUGAAGAAGAGAUUGGUUAUAGCAGCAGAGAUUGUUAUUGUUUGUUUGGUGUACUGUACAGUACAGUUAGGUACAAAUCUGUAUCUCUUCUCUGCUUAUUAUUAUUAUUAUUAGUACUAUGCUUACAA